UGCCUCUUUCUUUAGUGGUUUGUGGUUGUGUUGUUGAUAAUUUUUCUAGAACAGCUGGAACUGGAAAUUUGUGAUUUCUCUGCAUUUCUACUUAAUCCUCUUCGCUAAAGUUUUCAUUUAUUGUGACUGUGUUUAACUUUGGGCUACAUCAUGGCACAUUACAAAGGAGCUGCCUCUGAGGCUGGCAGAGCUAUGCAUCUAAUGAAAAAACGUGAGAAAGCUCAGCAGGAGAUAGAACUUCGUAGGAAAAAGAUUGAAGAAGACCUUAAAAUGGUCAAUAUUGAGAACAAAUUUGCCACUCAUUACGACGCCGUUGAGCAGCAGUUAAAGAGCUCAACUAUUGGUUUAGUAACUCUUGAUGAAAUGAAAGCAAAACAAGAACACAUUGUACGGGAAAGAGAGAAAAAACUCGCUCAGAAGAAAGCUGAGAAGGAGAAAGAGAGGCAAAAGGAAAUUGAAGCAAAACAGGCCCAGAAAAACAAACAGAAACGUCAGAUUCAAGCUCUCUCUUUUGACCUGAAUAAAGAUGAAGAAGAAGACAGUGACAGUGAUGACAAUGAUGGUGCACAGUCUAGUGAAGAAAAACCAGACAUUGAAAUGCUGGAAGCAAAGUGGAGAGAUAAAGAGGAACCGGUUCUUAAGAAAAUAAAAAAGAAUCCUGAAGUAGACACAUCAUUCCUCCCUGAUAGAGAACGGGAGGAGGCAGAUUUGAAGCUGCGUGAGGAACUGCGGUUGGAGUGGGUAAUGACACAGGCCAGCCUCAAGGAUGAGCCUAUUACAGUCACCUUUAGCUACUGGGAUGGAUCUGGACAUAGAAGAAAUGUAACCUUAAAAAAAGGUAACUCAAUAUACCAAUUUCUGCAACGCUGCUUGGACACAUUAAGGCCAGAAUUUAGUGAACUGAAGACAGUUUCUGCCGAUCAGCUCAUGUAUGUGAAAGAGGAUCUCAUACUGCCACACCAUUAUACCUUUUAUGAUUUCAUAGUCACUAAGGCAAGAGGAAAAAGCGGGCCCCUGUUCCAAUUUGAUGCGACAGAUGACAUAAGAUUAGUGAAUGACGCUACACAGGAAAAACAAGAUUCACAUGCCGGCAAAGUACUUUUGAGAUCCUGGUAUGAGAGAAACAAACACAUUUUCCCCGCAUCCCGAUGGGAGCCUUAUGACCCUACCAAAACAUAUUCAAAGUACACCAUCAAAGGGAAAUAAUGGAUUUUCAAUAUUCUGAUUACUUUUAUAAAGCAAUCUUUUGGGAUUAGAUGUUUACAUAACUAAUGCCAAUAAUUUACUGU